AUGUCCGACACGAGCCUGCCUCGACGACAACCUCCUAGCCCUCUUGUCUUCUCUCCCGAAACCGUCCUCAACCCCAUCCAACCCACUGCCAGUAGCAGCAGCACCGCAGGCAACUUCAGCAAUGGCACCGCAUCCUCCACCGUCUCUAUGCCCUUCGUCAGGCGACAUGUCACACGUCGUCUCAAGGCCGCCAAGUCCGAAUGCGACAAGGAGCUUCAGCGUGUCACGAACUCCAUAACGGCCUUCUUUGAGGAGCGUCUGCGCGAGGGCGACGCAGAGCAGGAGCGCGACCAACGAGACGUGGAGCGCGAUCGCGAGUCCCAGGCGGGUGAUAUUGAGCCUCUCCGUGAGGCCUUCGUCCUCCAGCCACAGGAACUUCGGUCUGCGCUCCAGUUCGACGACGUCAGUUCAGAUGGCGGCUACGAGGCAGAACCUGAAGGCCAUGGGCACAGUCGACAACGUGCGUCUCUUGACGAAGAUCAUCCUAAGCAGCCCACGCUGACCCAUCGGAUCUCAUCCUCCGGCCUGCUCACAGCGUCUGUCUCAUCCACGAGCCCAUCGUCCUUGCGACGACAUCCGACCCUUCCACGAGAGCGCUCCAUCAACGUGAACACCGGAACUUCCACUCCCGCAUCCUUAGCGACGCCCCCUCCCGAGGCAGUAAGCCCACGCAAGCAGGGCGAAUCCUCCCGCUCCGGUCAAUGGGCCGGUCAGAGUUUGGCUUCGCGUCGUCUUUCCCGCACUAUCCACAUCCCCGUUCGCCCGCCCCGUUCCGGUCAUAGCUCCCGGUCGACAUCGCGCUCCCGCUCCCCGCUCCCUCAACGGUCGAGUUAUGGCGAAUCGAGCAUGAACCGUCGAUCGUCCCGUAUACUCGUCGACGACCCAGUGGACCCCAUUAUGACCACCCUCUACGAGAUCAUCGCAGUCGCAACGGACGUCAUCGACAUGUCCAUUAACCAGCUCACCGCAAACCCCAAGGUCUGCGAGACCCUUGUCCAAAGGGUACAGAACAUCGGCAAGGCGUGGGACGAGCACCCCGACUGGCAUGGGCGGAACUGGUAUGUGCAAGUGCUCCUCGCCAUCGCGAGUUUGAGCCGUGUCGUCGAGUGGUGGGAGGCCGAGAAGCAGUUCUGGAACUUCGAUGACAAUGACGAUGAGCAGGAGGAGCCUCUCACCUUCGUCAUGAAGCCCGCCGAAGAGGAGAUCCCCGCGACCGCCCCUGCCCGCCCUGACCCGGAGAACGCUCUUAGGCUGACACCCGAAGAAGAAUGUCGACUACGGAUGUCUCGCACGACCAGUCAGAACAGGCGGUCAAGGGACGAAGCCCCGAAGGAGAUCGCUGCAUCUGCUCCACUGCAUGAGCCCACCACGACGGUGCCACACAAAGAAUCUGACCACCCCAAGCAUCCGAGCACAAACGAGUCUGCGCGCGUCUUGGCAACGGAGCGCCUGCGGCUACAAGCAGAGACCGCUCAAAGUCAGAAUAUCGUGAUGGAGCUUAGUCUAGAUGGCGACCAUUUCAUCUGGAUCAACUACGCAUGGCACAGCGCUAUUGGUACCGACCCGGAGGAUUACUUCGGCACUCGCGUUUCCAAGUUGCUGGCCCCUUCUGACUGGCACGUGUUUCGGGAUGCAACGCGACGACUGCAGGAAAACGACUCACACACCAUCGAGGUCAAGUUCAAGCUUCGAAUAUCUCCCAACGAUGACUCUUCGGGCUCUUCGAAUCUCUACCAGCAGAUGGAGGGCAGUGGCAUGCUCAUGAUCGACCGAGAGGAUGGUCGACCGACACAUUCCAUGUGGGUCGUACGGCCUGUCGGCGCUCCUGAAGUUCUCCAAGCACCUCCUUCCAUCCUUCUCGAGACCGGGAACGUAGGCGACGAACCAGGAUCGGCCGAGGCAGCACAAGUCGGAUUUGGCAACCGUGGCGCGAUGGAGCCAGUGACGCCUUUCCCAUUCGCACGACCGAUCAACACCUCCCCGAUCCUCUGCCGCAUCUGCGAGUGCAGCGUCCCACAGUGGUACUUCGAGAAGCACAACGAGACCUGCAGCGAAGUCCACCGCCUCGAGGCCGAGAUAGCAGAAUGCAACGAGUCCAUCUCCGAGCUCCGCAACACGAUCCGAGAACUGCAGAUCGCCAUCGAAGGCUCGCCCGGAACCAUCCCCGAGUAUCGUGGAAUGCCCAUCUUCCUGCCCUCCUCAUCACCCGGCUCGUCUUCUCCGCUCCAGCUUCUCCGCGCGCCGCUGAAGAUGAAGCGCCUCAGCGUCAAGAAGAUGCAGCGUCAGUUGCUCGAGCAGCUCGACGACAUCCUGCAGACUGCUGCGGAGGUUGCCAUCCCCGCGCUCAAGGAGGACGAGGCGACGGAGCCGAUCGAGCGCCAGCGCUUGCUCUCCCCUGCCAGCGAGCGCAAGAUGUCUUCCAUCCGCCACUGGAACCGGCCGUCCAUCGAGGACGCGGCCCUCACGCAGCUCAUCGAGGACGUCGAGCGGCUCAUGCGACAGAAGAUCGACAACGUUGUGCGCAUGCAGAACACGAUCAAGUACUCGGAGAAGAUCCGCCAGGAGUGGGAGGAGAAGGUUGAGCAGACCCUCUCGUCGUACAACGAUGAGAGCUCGAGCGAGAGUGAAGAGGAGGGACAGGAAGAGCACGAGGUUGAAUCUGGUCGAGAGGAGCAGCAGCAAGAACAGGGCCAGGCGUCUGAUGAAGACGAUGACCAUUCGAGCACCACCUCGGAGUAUGCGUUCACAGGUCAGCAGGGCUCGUCCGACCCCACGCCCGUCGCAUCGGCAUCACCCAUCCCGUUCAGCCCAGGACGCGAGCCACCGCCUGCUUCUGCUGUGAUGAUCUCUUCGAGCCUCCCCUCCGUCUCUGCUGUUCCGGUCCCUAUGUACUGGCAACAAACGCACACACAGCCGACGCGCAGCUCGACUCCCUCGUCGAUCUCGUCUCCUCUCGCGUUGGCAGCUCCAAUAGUAGCCUCUCAUCCUGAUGACCAGCCCCCGCAUAUGGACCUCAAUGAGCCUUCACCGAGUCUGCCCAUCUCCAGCAUGACUAUUCGUGCCCGGCGCUCGCCUCAGAACCUCGAGCCCAAACUGCUCAUCACGCCGCCUCUUUCCCCUAUGGUCUCUCCCCAGGAUUCGUCUCAUGGCACGCGGAGAUCUCACCGCAGGCAUUCCGCCGCCCAGCCCGUCAUCAGCCCCACCGCAUCGUUCUCUGGCACGCCCUUGUCACCUCGUCUGCCUUCGGUCGCACCUCUCUCGAGGACGACGCCGACGUCAAUCAAGGACUUCGAGAUCAUCAAGCCUAUCUCGAAGGGCGCGUUUGGAUCCGUCUUCUUGGCCAAGAAGAAGGCGACUGGGGACUAUUUCGCGAUCAAGGUGCUGAAGAAGGCGGACAUGAUUGCUAAGAACCAGAUCACGAACGUCAAGGCUGAGCGUAUGAUCCUCAUGAAGCAAGCGGAGUCGCCGUUCGUCGCGAAGCUCUACUUCACGUUCCAGAGCAAGGAGAACCUGUACUUGGUUAUGGAGUAUCUGAAUGGUGGCGACUGCGCGGCGCUCAUCAAAUCUCUGGGAUCUCUUCCCGAGGAGUGGGCGCGGAACUACGUUGCCGAGGUCGUGCUGGGCCUGGACUACCUCCAUCAACGAGGCAUCGUGCAUCGUGAUUUGAAGCCGGACAAUCUGCUCAUCGACCAGCAUGGUCACCUCAAGUUGACCGACUUCGGAUUGAGCAGGAUUGGUCUGCUUGGUCGUCAAACCCGUGCUCCUCAGCUUCUCUCUGACCGCGCUGCUCGUGGUCAUACCAGAGGCUCACCGAGCUCGAGACCGCCUUCGAUCGAUUCUACGUACAUGACACCCUCUCCUAUGUUCCCAGCAGAUCUUCUCUCGGGUGGAGGUUCGUACUUCAACCACAGGACACCAUCACUGCCUCGCCCCGGGUCAUCACCUUAUCUGCCCCUUACAGAUGACCCGAGCGAGUCGAGCGGUUCGGAGUCUCUGGCUUCGGGUUUCUUGUCGUUCCGCAGGAACGGCAACACCAAGCAGCUCUCCGAUAGUCCUCUUCAAUCGUUCGCGACGGAACUGGCGAACGACCUGCGUUCGCAUCCCACGCCUGGAGGCACUCCACCUGGUGAUCAGAAAGUCGUGGGUACCCCAGAUUACCUGGCCCCUGAGACAAUCCUGGGAUUGCGUGGAGACGACGCGGCUGUCGAUUGGUGGGCGCUUGGCGUCAUUACCUACGAGUUCCUGUACGGGAUCCCUCCAUUCCAUGAUGAGACGCCUGAAAAGGUGUUCGAGAACAUUCUCUCGGGGCACGUUGAGUGGCACGAGGAAUUCGUCGAGGUCUCACCGGAGGCCAAGGAUUUCAUGCAGCGGCUAAUGACCCUGGACCCAACCAAGCGUCUUGGUGUCAACGGUGCCGAAGAGGUCAAGGCUCACCCCUUCUUCGCGGGGAUCGAUUGGGACCAAAUCACGACGACCGAGGCGGCGUUCAUCCCGCAGGUCACCGAUCCCGAGUCCACAGACUACUUCGACCCUCGCGGCGCGGUGCUACAGCUCUUCCACGAUAGCGAGCAACCAGCUCCGGCUCAGCAGUUCACCUCCGACUCCGUUCCCUCAACCGUUGCUGGCUCAAGUCAUGACAUGCCCCCACCGAGUGUGCCCGCGUAUAGCAACCGCGACCAGGCAGCAUCUCCAGCCGACGACGACUUCGGGUCUUUCAGCUUCAAGAACCUGCCCGUGCUCAAGCAGGCGAACGAAGACAUGAUCCGGAAGAUGAAGACGGAUCAGCUAGCGCCCAUCACACAUGCACUCUCGGAGUCCUCGGGCCAUUCUCGGCGGAAGAGCAUAUCGAACCGAGUGGGUGGCAAGAAGCCCUCGAGCAUUGUCACUCCGGUCGACACCACCAAACCGCCACUGCCAAUCCCGACAAACCCGCCUUCUCCCGCGACGUCGACGUCCUCGAUUUCUUCUUCGGUGUCUCGCGGGCCUCCCACUCCUGGUUCCGCCAGUAGCCAUGCGCGAAAGCCGUCCGAGUUCGGUGCGGUCGAGCGCUUCAAGCUCAACCAUGGCGAGGGCGGAGACAUCUCGCGGCGGAAUUCGAUGCCGAGUAGGCUGCGCACCGCGUCGAUCAGCACGACCGACGACUCCGUGAGCGACUCGUGGAACGGGUCCGUCGUCCCACACACGCACUCGACGUUUGCCUCUACCUCCGAGGGCCUGAACACCCCUCCGUCGAGUGUCGCCUCCAUCGACCUCAAACGGGCGCCCGACCCUAGCGACAGGGCGGUGACGUGCCUGCUCGCAGAGGACAACCCGAUCACGGCGAAGAUCAUCGAGACGCUGCUGAUUCGCCUGGGCUGUCGGUGCGUCGUCGUCGCGGAUGGGUCGGAGGCCAUCAGCGUGGCCAUGGGCGAUAUCAAAUUUGACUGCAUCCUGAUGGAUUUGCACAUGCCCAUCUUGGACGGUGAGGGGGCGGCGCGGUAUAUCAAAAGUACCAACAAUAGGAACACGUCCACACCGAUCAUUGCUGUCAGCGCCUAUAGCGGCGUGGAGGCGACAGAGGACCGGGACGUGUUCGCUGCGUACCUCGCGAAGCCCGUGCAGAAGGCGGACCUGGUGGCAGCGAUGCGCCAGCUCGGCUUCAAGACGUCUACUGCUCAAGGGCGCGGACUGGCGGCGACCAGGUUGACCUCCGCUCGGUGA